GAACAUUUUGUUCUCACAAUUGUUGGUUAAUUAUAAUUCAGCUUAUCAUGUUAACCAAUUAGAAUGACAAUUAAACAUCCGGUGAUUUACUCGCAAUCGAAUGGAAGGUGGCUCCAUCUCGCGGCGCGUUUUUCGUUUUCGAGAGAAAAUUUUUUUGUUUUUAUUUUUGUUGCUUCUUUUUCAGUUAAUCUUUGUGUUUCCAAUUGUGUGAUUGAUAUUUGAUCAGUUGUUUCUUUGUUUCUUUGUUUUCUUCCAGUGUCACUUAUUGAUAUUUUUCCAUUUGUUAAGGUGCCCGAAUUACAAUCAACCAAAACGGCUUCCAACACUUCAUCAACUUCACCUUCUGGCAUGUCCAAUACCAGAAAAGGAAAAGGCCGAGGGUUCGCCAAGAAACGAGCCCACAGAGCGACUAGUAAUGUAUUCGCUAUGUUUGACCAGGCCCAGAUUCAGGAAUUCAAAGAAGCUUUUAACAUGAUUGAUCAGAAUCGAGAUGGUCUAAUUGAUAAAGACGAUCUACAAGAAAUGUUGGCCUCUCUGAAAGAAUCCGAAGAAAACUACCUGGAAGGUAUGAUGAGUGAAGCUCCAGGUCCAAUUAAUUUCACCAUGUUUUAACACUUUUGGGAGAAACUUCAAGGAACUGAUCCUGAGGAUGUGAUUAAAAACGCUUUUGCUUGUUUUGAUGAGGAUAACACCGGAUUAAUUCACGAGGAACUCAGAGAGUUGUUGACCACAAUCGGUGAUCGGUUCAACGAUGAAGAUGUCGAUGAAAUGUAUCGUGAAGCUCCUAUUGAUGAGGGUGGAAUGUUCAACUACACUGAAUUCACCAAAAUCCUUAAACAUGGUGCCAAGGAUAAAGAUGAUCAAUGAUCUAAAUCAAACCAACAACUAUUACAACCAUGGAACCAAUUUAUUUAAUCCAAUCAAAUCUCAGCAGAAAACAACUUUUACCAAUUUAAAAUUAAUAAUGCAACUGAACCUUUGGGAUGAAAGUGUAAUUGUUAACAAUCAGCGAUUAUAAAUGGUCUCACUAGUUGAAUCAUUUAAGAAUCGUAGUGUUUGUUUUAAUUGUUAAUGGGAAGAAAAAGAGAUGCCUUAAAAUCUUGUAUUCUCAUUAAUAUUUUCUAAUCUAAACAUGUAACAAUUAACAUUGUACUUCAAACUAAAUACAUGAAAAUGAGCGUUAGUAGUUAAGCCAUAAUUUAUAACAAAUUUCUACCUAUUUUAAUGUAUGAAUCAGAAUUAAUAUCAACAUUAUCAUAUUUGGUUAAUCGUCAAAAUGUAUUUUUGAUCAUCAAUUAACAAUAAUAAUACGAGAAUCAUUUUAACUAAA